GUAGAACGCGAAUUUUGAGAACUGUAGAUGACCUCAAGCUCGAAUAUCUGACCACAAAGACACAGAAUACGCAGGAGCCAAUACAUACGGCAGCAUGUCUGCAGAGAUAUGCCUUCGUCCUGAUAGUAGCGGCCGUAUCGACGGAUAUUUUCGGUGCCGAGGUGCAGACGGAUGGAACUAUGUGGAGGAUGGCAUGUUCGACUGUGACACACACUAUGGUCAGUGUCGGUGUCCACGGUUGUCAGCGGAUCCAGAUAUUGCAGGUCCAGGUGUCAUUUCGGCUUUUAUGGUUACUGCCGGAUUGACGGUCAUCGCUACUGGACUUUGUUUGAUGCUCAGUCGAGUGAGUGUUGAGAGGGUAGAGGUUGAGCAAGCCGAUGGGAGCAAAGAGCUCGUUGAUUCCUCUAGCAUUAAUCCGAUCGACAAGUGCUUCCGCUGGGCCAUCUCAGACCGCGUUCAAAAGCGAUUGAAACACCCUGACCUUUGGGCCAACUGCCUGUAUGACCUGGUCAUGUCACUGAGCGACCAGCAACUUGUGACUGGCUUUGCUAUACUAGUCUCUGGUCUUAUCGGACUUGGAAAUGGGACCAUCACCAUCUAUCAUUUCACUACAGUAACUGAAUUGGCGUGGUUCAGCUCCAAUACGCAUUUAUUGUCGCUGUUGGUGGUCCACAGCUACGCGGAUAGUGUGAAAUACUUCUCACCUGAGCGAGACGAUCCGAAACGCCAGUACCUGAGUCGGCAAGCGAUAAACUGGAUAAGAAUCACUUUGAUGAGUUUGAUGGCGAUCCUACUACUGUUCGGUAGCUGGGUCUCGGCCUACGAAAAUUGGAACAGCGAGUACAACUGCCCGGCCAAAUGCACUCUUGGAAAGGCUCGCGGGGGUAAACCCUUGAUGUGGAUGCGGGUCGACUUUUUCUACGUCUUUUACAAUUACGUUCCCGGCAUACUUGAUCUGAUCCGACCAUUUCGUCUCUGGUGGAUUGACCGUUUCAGAUGGUACUGUAUCGACUCGCGCGGUCAACCUGCAGAUAAGAGCCACACCAGCUUUUGGGAUAUGCCUCCAAGGGCUCUUCGAUACGUGGGGAUUAUUUUCCGUGUCUUUUGGUAUAUCCUCGCAUCAGAGACUGUGUCCUUUUUGGAGAUGGUAUACUGGUUCACGUCGGGCGUUAUUUCGAUUUUUGACACCCAACAAUUUGGCCAUUCUAUAAUGAAGAAUCCCGACGAUGAGAAAAAGCUGGGAUUUGGCCAACUGGUUCCGGUCUUUUUGCUGGUCAUUCAAAUAAUGCAGUUCUCAGACUCCUAUGCAAAGAAUUCAUGGAGGGUAAAAAAGCGCGAAGAAGGUCGUCCUCGCAAUGUGCGAGUUCGUCGCGUUGCGGCUGAUACGGCCUAUUAUCGUUUGGAGUAGCCGGCGGUGUUCUUCCAGGGAUGACAGGAUAUAUCUGAUAUAAUGGGUGCGUUACCCAAGGAAUAAUCCGAGUCGGUAUAGUUUAUGUUAGCAUGUAAGCCGGAACAUGACACUUGGCAUAGCGCGGUCUUACAUUUGCUGAUAUCCAGGCAAUUAUGUUCUUAAUGGUGUCUAGAACCGUUGGUAGACUGCGAGCAUCUGUGAAAAUUGGCGCAUAUUAGUACAGCCAAUUUCAACACUGAAAAGUGUAUACUUG